GAGAGAUGGAGGCAGAGAGAAGGAAAAGGGAGAGUAAACGGAGAAAGAAAGAACACAUCAAUGGUGACACUGACCAUCUGAGGGAAUUGAGGAGGGGGAGAGGUAAAAUGGAUAAAGGUCAAACGGAAAUCAAAGAAGUACGUCCAAAGCAACAACAUCCCAAAGAUCACAUUAAAAAGGAAGACCCACAAGUCAAAGAAAAGAAUGACAUGGAUAUUCAAGGGCCUGAGCUACUGGGAAGUGGAAUGGAUGGAGGAAUGAAGAAAGAAAGAGUUGUUAAAACAAGAUGUAAACUCAAAGUUAUGAAAGAAGGUCCCAAGGAAAACGAUUCUAAAAAGCCAGACACAAGAGUGAAACAAACUGAAGUGAUUGUUUUAAUGCAAGACGUAGUGUGCCGGGCAACUGACACAGAUGUGGAAAUGAAGCAAGAGAGAGUAGAUAAAUUAGGCAUUGUCCCAAAUGAAGAAAAUGCCAAAGGGCAUGUUGAAAAUGUAAAGAAACAAGUUAAAGAAGAGACUGACAUGGAUUUCUUUGUUGAAGAAUUAGAGCAACUGGAAAAUGACUUGGAUGUGGGAAUAAAGAACAGAACAACAAAUCCCAAAAAGGAAGACAAACUGAAAGUCAUGAAAAAAAGUUCAAACGUACAACAUGCUACAGAUAAUGACAAACAAAGAAAAGUCAUAAAAGGAAGUCCAAAUGAACAAAAUACCAAAAGACAUGUUAAAAUUGCAAGGAAUCAUGUUCAAGAAGAGACUGACAUGGAUUCUUUUCUUGCAGAAUUAGAGCAACUGGAAAAUGACUUGGAUGUGGGAAUAAAGAACAGGACAACAAAUCCCAAAAAGGAAGACAAACUGAAAGUCAUGAAAAACUGUUCUAACGUACAACAUGCUACAGAUAAUGACAAACAAAGAAAAGUAAUAAAAGGAAGUCCAAAUGAACAAAAUGCCAAAGGACAUGUUAAAAUUGUAAGGAAACAAGUUCAAGAAGAGACUGACAUGGAUUUUUUUCUUGCAGAAUUGGAGCAACUGGAAAAUGAAUUGGAUGUGGGAGUAAUGCACAGAACAUAAAAUCCAAAUCCAAAACGAAGACAAGCUAAAAGUUGUGGAUGAAAGUCUUAAGGAACAACAUUCUGCAGAGGAUGACAAACAAAGCAAAGUUGUCAAAGAAAAUGCAAAGCAACAACAUGAUAUGAAGUUAGAGAAACAAGCAAAAGACGAAACCGAAGGGAAUUUCUCAAGUGCCUGGGGAAUGAAGCACUGGGGAUCAAAUCCCAAAAAGGAAGACAAACAAAGAAAAGCACUGAAAGAAAGACAAAAAGGACAAAAUGCCAAAGGAAGUAACAAUGGAAAGACAAAGGACACACAAGUCAUAGAAGAGACCGACGCAACCUACAAGAAAGAAAUCCAAACAGAGAUGCCGAAGUCAAUUCUUGACAAGAUACGCAAUAAAAUCGACCAACACAGAAUCCAAAAGAAGGAAAAACAGAAACAAAAAAAUCUUAAAUUCCUUCAAGAAGCAUUGACCACUCAUGAAGUAUUAGAUGUGGCAUUAAACAUACAUGCCAAAAAGAAGCCUAGAAAAUGGGUCAAAUGCCAGGAUUUUUCAAUAUUUCAGUGUAAAUGAACUGCACCGUAGAUUCCCUGGAUGCUGAAAUCAACUGAAAGGUGCCAUGUGGUUCUGGAACAUGA